AUGAGGGGCUUUGGCCCCCUGGUAUUUGGUCUGAUUUCCAAAGCUAGCGACAAGAAGUCAAAAUCGAUUUGUAUCUUACGUUGUUACCCAGUGCCUCCCCCAUCGUCGCUAGUCCCUACCUCCUUACAUUGCUCAGUCGCUGCUCGUUGGUCUCGCCAUUCACCACCACAACAAUUGUCACCGAAAAUCAGCUUCUUGAAAUUGGUCUCGCCAUUCACUACCCUUCUAUCACUUGAACUUGUUGUUGCAUCUGGUGUUCCAUGUUGCAGAUGUGCUCCUUAUGAUUUCAUUAGCCUUCCACACAAGGUCAGUUUAGGACAUAAAUUAUGCUAUUGUUUUCCCUUUGAUAGUGUUUAUAAGGUGGGGACAAUGGCUGGAGGAGCUACAGAUUGUCAGUUUUGGCACAGAAAUUUAGGCAUUACGGGCUCUGUUCAAUCUAAAAGAAGCCUUCUGCUUGAACUGCAACAAAGAUCCACAAAAUUUGAUUCUAUAAUUGAAAAGCAUCAGAAUAUUAGGUUUGCACUGGUUGAAAGGAUGCCAGUUCUUGAUGAAGCAAAUUUCAGUAGAAGGAGGAAUGGUUAUACUUCUAUUCCUUCAACUUCAAUGGGAAGUAGUGUUCCUAAUGGAGUUAUUAAAACAACUGCUGCUCCUUUAGUAGACUUGCUUGAUUUAGGAGGAGGAGAAGAACCUCCUCCACCAAAUACAAAUAACAUGAUGGCAGGUGACAACUUUCUUCAAGAUCUUCUUGAUGUUGGAAUGUCCCCAUCUUCAUCACAACCAGUUACAAAUGCAAACCAGGCUAAAAAAAGUGGCAUAGAUGUUCUGCUUGAUCUAGCUAUUAGGCUUUCUACAACUGUAGUUGUUAUUAUCUUUGAUUAA